AGGGCGUACACACAACGAGGGAAGGUUUGGUUGCGAAAUGACGAAGUUUGAACCUGAAAAUAGUGGACAUAGGAACGAACGUCGAGAUAAACGAAAUUGAAGAUUAGAAUGGCCACUGAAGGAGACCCAGCAGAUGUGGUGAAGGUGCUUCACCUGUUGUUCAUGGCGUUCUCAUGGGGAAUGCAAGUGUGGGUGGCAUUCAUUUCAGGGUUUGUUUUGUUGUCCAAGGUCACCGUGCACACGUUUGGCUUAGUUCAGAGCAAAAUCUUUCCGACAUAUUUCUACUGCCUGCUAGGCAGUAACACAGUCAGCUUGGCCAUAUACGCUGUGUACCAUCCCAGAGAGCUGCUGAACUGGCAUGAGACUUUACAGAUGGCUCUGUUCUUGGUGGCUGUGAUCAUGGCAGGGUUGAAUGUGCAGUGGUUCACUCCAGCUGUCACUGAGCACUUGGAGGUGGUUAGGGAGAUUGAGCAGGAACAUGGCCUUGGUGGAGAGAUUGGCUUUUUCACCAACAGGGAGCGCUAUAUCAAACUCCGUGAACAGGAUCCAAAAUACAAGGCCCACAAAACCAGCUUUAGACACUACCAUGGCCUGUCCACCCUGAGCCACCAUAUCGGCUUCGCCUGCACCACCGUCAAUCUCAUCUACCUGGCACUUCACUUGGCUUCGAUAUAAUAUUCUCGGCUGAUGACAAACAACAGAUUUGACCCAUAAAAGUAUUGCUACAUGUAUGUUCAGUCUUGAGCGCCAGAGUCUGGAAGGGGCUUGGUAACUAGUUGGUAUGAAAAUACAGACACUGCAAAAAUAUAUAUCUUAGCAAGUAAUAUAUAUAUAUAUAUA